GCGCCGGGCUCGGGCUCGGGGGUGUGGCGCGGCGCCGGCGGGGGUGGGCGGGCGCGCCGGGCGGCAGGUGUCGGCGGCGUCGGCAUUCGGCGGCGAUGGAGCGGCCCCGGAAAGCUGCGGACGGCCUCUCGCGCUGGCCCCACGGCCUCGGCCUCUUCCUCCUCCUGCAGCUGCUGCCGCGGGCAACGCUCGGCCAGGACCGGCUGGACGCGCCGCCACCGCCCGCUGCGCCGCUGUCGCGCUGGUCCGGCCCCGUCGGGGUGAGCUGGGGGCUGCGCGCGGCCGCGCCCGGGGGCCAGUUUCCCCGCGGCGGCCGUUGGCGGCGCAGCGCGCUCGACGAGGACGACGACUGCGGCCGGGUCCGGGACUUCGUCGCCAGGCUGGCGAACAACACGCACCAGCAUGUGUUCGAUGAUCUCAGUGGCUCAGUAUCUUUGUCUUGGGUUGGAGAUAGCACUGGGAUCAUUCUAGUCUUGACUACCUUCCAUAUACCACUGGCUUUUGGACAGUCCAAGCUAUAUCGAAGUGAGGACUAUGGAAAGAACUUUAAGGAUAUUACAAAUCUCAUCAAUAACACCUUCAUUCGGACUGAAUUUGGCAUGGCCAUUGGUCCUGAGAACUCUGGAAAGGUGAUUUUAACAGCAGAGGUGUCUGGAGGAAGCCAUGGAGGAAGAAUCUUCAGAUCCUCAGAUUUUGCAAAGAACUUUGUUCAGACCAAUCUCCCUUUCCACCCCCUCACCCAGAUGAUGUACAGCCCUCAGAACUCGGAUCAUCUUCUCGCCCUCAGCACUGACAAUGGCCUGUGGGUGUCCAAGAAUUUUGGGGGAAAAUGGGAAGAAAUCCACAAAGCAGUGUGUUUGGCCAAAUGGGGAUCAGAGAACACCAUCUUCUUUACCACCCAUGUGAACGGCUCCUGCAAAGCUGACCUUGGGGCCCUGGAAUUAUGGAGAACUUCAGACUUUGGGAAAAGCUUCAAAACCAUUGGUGUGAAAAUCUACUCGUUUGGUCUUGGGGGACGUUUCCUUUUUGCCUCUGUGAUGGCUGAUAAGGAUACAACAAGAAGGAUUCAUGUGUCAACAGAUCAAGGGGACACAUGGAGCAUGGCCCAGCUCCCCUCUGUGGGGCAGGAACAAUUCUAUUCUAUUCUAGCAGCCAAUGAUGACAUGGUGUUCAUGCAUGUAGAUGAGCCUGGAGAUACCGGAUUUGGCACAAUCUUUACCUCAGACGAUCGAGGCAUUGUAUAUUCCAAGUCCUUGGACCGACAUCUCUACACCACCACGGGUGGUGAGACGGACUUUACCAAUGUGACCUCCCUCCGCGGGGUCUAUAUAACAAGUGUGCUCUCUGAAGAUAAUUCUGUCCAGACUAUGAUCACUUUUGACCAAGGAGGAAGGUGGAAGCACCUGAGGAAGCCUGAAAACAGUGAAUGUGAUGCUACAGCCAAAAACAAGAAGGAGUGCAGCCUUCAUAUUCACGCUUCCUACAGCAUCUCCCAGAAACUAAAUGUUCCAAUGGCCCCCCUCUCAGAGCCUAAUGCCAUCGGCAUAGUCAUCGCCCACGGGAGCGUGGGGGAUGCCAUCUCAGUGAUGAUCCCAGAUGUGUACAUCUCAGAUGAUGGGGGUUACUCCUGGGCGAGGAUGCUGGAAGGACCCCACUAUUACACCAUCCUGGAUUCCGGAGGCAUCAUCGUGGCCAUUGAGCACAGCAGCCAUCCUAUCAAUGUGAUUAAGUUUUCCACAGAUGAAGGUCAGUGCUGGCAAACCUACAUGUUCACCAGGGAGCCCAUCUACUUUACUGGCCUAGCUUCAGAGCCUGGCGCCAGGUCCAUGAACAUCAGCAUUUGGGGUUUCACGGAAUCUUUCCUGACUCGCCAGUGGGUCUCCUACACCAUUGAUUUUAAAGAUAUCCUUGAAAGGAGCUGUGAAGAGAAGGACUAUACCAUAUGGCUGGCUCACUCCACAGACCCUGGAGAUUAUGGAAAUGGCUGCAUUCUAGGCUAUAAAGAACAGUAUCUCCGGCUGCGCAAGUCAUCCGUCUGUCAGAACGGUCGGGACUACGUAGUGACCAAGCAGCCCUCCGUCUGUGCCUGCUCCCUGGAGGACUUCCUCUGUGAUUUUGGCUACUUCCGUCCAGAAAAUGACUCCAACUGUGUGGAACAGCCAGAACUGAAGGGCCACGACCUGGAGUUUUGUCUGUAUGGAAGAAAAGAGCACCUGACAACCAACGGGUACCGGAAAAUUCCAGGAGAUAAAUGCCAAGGUGGAGUGAAUCCAGUUCGAGAAGUAAAAGACUUGAAAAAGAAAUGCACAAGCAACUUUUUGAGUCCAGAAAAGCAGAAUUCCAAGUCAAAUUCUGUUCCAAUUAUCCUGGCCACUGUGGGAUUGAUGCUGGUCACAGUCGUAGCAGGAGUGCUCAUUGUGAAGAAAUACGUCUGUGGGGGAAGGUUCCUGGUGCAUCGAUACUCAGUGCUACAGCAGCACGCAGAGGCCAACGGUGUGGAUGGAGUGGAUGCUUUGGAUACAGCCCCCCACACUAAUAAAAGUGGUUAUCAUGAUGACUCAGAUGAGGACCUCCUGGAGUAGCUCCUCUGCGGAGCUGGGACUGAGCAUGGAUGACGGAACCGCAGUACCUCCUACACUCCCUGUGGCUCCAACUUGGGGAAAUAAAUUUCCCAUUGCGAGGGACCCAUCUCUGUUUCUGCUGCUUCCAUCAAAGCCAAAAGGACCUAUACUAAAGAAGCACAGGGGGGCAGGGAGCCCUAAACACUCUAACAGUUGGCUCUGAGAAGAGGGGAAAAUUUAAAUUCUUUAACUUUUUAUUUCGAGUGCAGUUCUUUUGCAAAGUAUGGGCUCUUUUGGUUUUGUUUUUUAAGGGAAAUGAAAUGGAAAUUGAAGGGAACAUUUCACUAACCCCACUCUUGCAUGUUUUGCAUGGCGCCUGCCCCAGGGCACCUGCCGACUCCAGCAUCAACUCUCACAACAUACUUGGUGCUGUCCCUGGCCUCUGCUGGUGACACGGAGCAGCUGCAGAGAUGAAUACAGAGGCUGCGAUGACUGGCACAGCCUGGGCAGCCUUCCUUCUGGGGACAGCCCUGCUCCAAGGACAUUGCACACCAGCUCCUCACAGAUCCUCACUUUUUGUUUUUUUUCCUAGGGACUAUAGACCACAGUGAUUUUUGUUGUCCCCUGUUUAAUUAGGCAAUACCCUUGUUAAUUGCCCUUUGGCAACUAACUUCAUCAUGUGCUUCCAAGACACUAAAUCAGGAAAACUUAAAGAGCAAUAUUUUUAACUUGGGGCAGGAAGAAGGGAGCAGCAGAGAAUUGACUAGAUUUACCACCUAUUAAAGGAGAAAUUCUUGCCUCUUGCAAGAUCUUUCAAGCCAUGCUUUGUGUGUGUGCCAGUGGACUUGCUUGAGGACCAGGUUCAGGCCUGCCCUGGAUGUCUGCCCAGGCUGAGUGACCUCUUCUCUCUAGCUGGUGGUGGUGGGCACGAUGCAGCCCCUGAGGACUGAACAUCCCAGGCUUCCAUGUCUCCUCCUACUUGUUGGGUUGGCUUGUUGGUGAAUCAUUAGAAGGGCUGCUCGUUUGCAUCCUCUUAGGUUACUGUUGUAUGUGGAGCCAGGACUAGACAUGUUUUCAAAUUUAUAGGCUUUUCUAAAAAAAAAAAAAAUCAGGAUUUUAUUACCAGGCUCUCCCUUUUACCACUUUUUCCCAGUUUUACUAAGUAAUUUGUUGGCAUGAAACUUUUGGCUGAACCAUCUGAAGACACACUUCCAGUAUAGAUGAUUUGUUUACAUUUGAUACAUCAAGUUCAUAGUUUAAAUUUAAGGAAGUUUUCCAUUUGACAUUUUUUCGAAUUAAAUAAAGUAUAGAAUGUAGUGAGGUGGAUUUUUGGGUGGCCAUAUAAUAAUGGAAAGCUGCAGUGAUUAGUUUUAACACAGCUUGAAUAUGCACUAGAUGGGAAUACUGUAGAGUACGUUUGAGUCUUAGCCCGCCUGCUGUGCUGGUCACAGUUCUCCCAACGAUUGUGAUUGGGACGUCCUUUGGUGACUGCCAUUUUGCUGCUAGUUCAUUUUAUGGCUAGAAAGUCAGUGAAAAGUAAAUGUGCCAAAUUAACUUUUGUCAGAAUGUGUGAGCAGAUGGCUGCGUUCCCUCCUCCCCCAAGAGGAUGAGCAGCAGAGGGGACGGCGGGGAGGAACGGGAGAAUUUUAGAGACUUUGAAACUGCCGUAAAAUUAGAUGAGUCAGGAGCUUCCGUUAGAAAAUAACGUUAGGGUGGUUUUUGUGAAGAGAAUUAAUGUUUGUUAGAGCCAGAGAACACUAGUCUUUUAGGAAAAGCUCAUUCAUGAUUUUUAAAUUAAAAAACAUUCUAAAGGUAAACCACCUCAGAAAUGAUAAAGUGUCAGCCUUUGUCCCAGACACCCUCCCCUCCUGCCCAUUGUUAGUUUGAUGCCCAGAAAAGACCUGCUUACGCCCCACACCUGAUUGUCCCAGCGUGUCCCCGCUGGAGUAGACGUGCCAAUAGACGGUGAUUCUCUGAAUAGUUUUAAGAUGUAAGAAAGCUAAUAUUUUUCUGUAACCAUAUAAGAUUGGGGCUCUUUGCUUAUAAUGAUACUGGGAUUUCUGUAGGACUUGGCAGUUUCCACGGCGUUUUCACCUGCAUUAUGUCAUUUGAACCUCCCAACACUCUUAUAAGAUUAAAAAAGAAAAGAGGCAGAGAUUUUAAUCCCCUUUUUUUAGGAGAUGGAACUGAGGUACAAAACUUGCGUAAAAUGUCCCAGGUCCCUGUGUGUGACGAGCAGUGCUGGUUGGCUGCCUUCAGAAUGCAAACGUCCCAUGCGUGCGAGUGCUGAAAAGCUGGAACGGGGUUGUUUCUUGUAGAUGAUAUGCUGUCCUUUACAACAGGAAUCAGUGGCAUUUCUUUCAGAGCAGAAUUUAGCACCGUUGUGCCACCUGGGUGAACAGAAAAUUUUGUUCUCCUGUUUUUCAUGGCUGAAAACAAAAGUAAUGGUAAUUUUGAAUAUGUGUUUAGAACCUGCCCCUCACCUGGUUGAGGGUCAUUGUUCGAGAGUGCAGGGGUGGAGUCCCCGUGGACGAGUCACCCUUCCCCAUUCCCCUUGUUGUCCCAUCGCUGGCUGGCCGGCCAGCUCAGUUGUUUGGAGCACUGCUAACAAGCCUGGCUCAUUCCCUUUGUUGGCUCGGUAGCUUUCUGUGUCAGCCUGCUCACUCGCAAUUCUGUGCCCUCACCCAGAGAGUAAAACAGCCUAAAUCCACGAUAGCUUCUAAGGAAAAAGGGUUUCUAAUUUGUCCUACCAAUAAUAGGUUAGGAGCAUUAUCUUUGAAAGUAACGCAUAGCAUAUCAUUGUGUAAACUCCCAACCUUGAUAGGAAUAGAAGAGAUUAGUUCUGGAGGUUUCAGCAGUAGACCUCAGUGUUGUAACAUAGGUUGGACACAUCAGACCAUCUACAGUGGUCUGAGCUCAUACGUCCAGGUGGGGAACUCACCAUCCUUCCUGCUCUGUGGACAGGUGUCUUAGACCUAAGAGGGCGUUUGGUUUUCAGUGAGACCAGAGAACAGAGAUGCAUACACCUCGGCUGGUGAUUGAAUGGGAAUGCCGCUUAGAAGAACACAAGUGUUUGGAGGGUUGUGGCCAUUCUAGUCUGGGAUCAGGAGACUCCAUUUAUUAGCUAUAACUGAAACUUAGAGUUUGCCAUCUCCCUCCGAACAGGCUUCCUAGUGUAUAUCUCUUCACUCGUAGAUUUACCUCUGGGCCUCAACAUGCCCAACCUGGCUUUCGUCCCUGACAGAUUGGUAGUGCCUGGCCACCUCUGGCACCUGUGCUGGCUCUAUAAACUAUAGCUGGUUCUCCCUCCGGUGGCCUUCGUCACGAUACCAGGAUACAGAGAGGAGUGCAGGGCUGUCUGUCCACACUCACCCCAGGUGGCAGGGCUGUCCUGGCUUCAGUCAUUUCUCUAUUUUCCAGGCAAACCAUCCAGGUGGAGAGACUCUCUCUCCCGUUUUAGGAGAGCUCUAAAGACUCGUGUCCCUGUAUGCAGAGCUCGUCCUGCUCGUUAUCAGUACAGCCCCCUCGCCCCAUGUGAAGCCUGGACACUGAGAACUGCUAAAAUGGGAAGAGCUUCUGCUUUUCACCUUUGCCACUACCUUCUCUUGAGCAGGAAAAUAAAUAUGGACUUGAGUGUCCUUUGAAUAAAACCAAAGUUUGAGAUUUGCCGCAAGAUGGAGUGAUAGGGAGGACAGACUUUCAGCCCUGGCACUCAGCAGGUGCCAGACUUUCUCUUCCAUCUGCCAUUGGUUUGCCCAGCUCGGGCAGCUUUCACAGCACCGUCCUGCUUAGCAGAGCCCAGGUCUUGCCCUAGGGAGGAUCACUGAAAUAGCAGGAACGUGUUGAUUUCUUGGUUACAUUGCGUUAUAACAACAAGAAUCAGAACAUUAAUUUGAAAUUGUCUUCAACAACUUCCUACUGUAUGCAUUUUUCACACCAGUACAUUCUCCAUUCUUAAGCAUCCUUGUUUAUAUAGAGUAACAUAAACUAAUCUGUACCUUUAUAUAUAUAUAUAUGUGUACAUAUAUACAUGUAUAAACUGUAUAGUGUACAUGUUAAUGAUUUAUUGAUCUGUCCCAAAUGUUUAAUGCAGUUCUCUUCCUCCGCAUGCCCUCAGUUGGUAAUCGGGUGACUAGAAUGUUCCCUAAUGAUUCUGCCCACCUCUUGUGUUUGGACGUCUAGGGAGGAGGGUUUGGUUGUACCCUCCUUAUCCUCGUGCACAGAAAUGCUCAGGGUCCCCAUGUGCCUCUUGUUCAAACCUCUCUUGUCUCUUGUUCCCUUUCUGAGCAUGUGGUCCCUCCCUGUUCUAUACCUUCUCUGCCUCCCCUCCCCAAGCUGUGGGACAGCUGCCUUCCUACUAAAGUGUAAAGCAGUAUUAAGAUCAUUACUGCAUGUGCGCUAAGAAAACAAGUUUUAUGUUCCUUUGGGACAGAAAAUUGCAUGUGAGGUGGGAUAAUCAAGAUUCAGUGACCCAUGUCAAUUACACAACAAAGCCAGACCCCGAAAUAGAAUUCCACAAAAUGGAAAUAAAACUCAAAUUUCUUUAGCAUUGUGUAAAUAAAUCUGGAUGUGUUUAACUUUG